AUCACAAAAUGGAGGACAACCACACAGUACUUUGAAUCAUGGCCCAGCCAAACUGAUACACACAUUUUUGGGGGGACAUAAUUCAAUCCUUGACACUUUGAAAUGAAUGAAAGUGAAAACACGGCAUACCAAAAUAUGUUGCACGUUGCUAAAACAGUGCUUAGAGGGAAAUUUACAGCUGUAAAUGCCUAUAUUUUUAAAAGAGAAGAAAAAUCUCAAAUCAAUAAAAUCUUCUACCUUAAGAAACUAGAAAAAGAAGAGCAAACUAAACACAAAGCAAGCAGAAAGAAAUAGUAAAGAUUAGAGUGGAAAUAAAAAAUAGAAAAGCAAUAGAGAAAAUUAAAAACAAAACAAGUUGCCUCUUUGAAAUGGUCAGCAAAAUUGACAAAUUUUAGCUACACUGAUCAAGAAAAAAAGAAGAUUUCAAAUUACUAAAAUGAGGAAUUAUGGAAGAGACAUCACUACUGCUCUUAGAGAAAUUAAAAGGAUUAUAAGGGGAUACUAUGAACAACUCAUACCUUACUGGUGGGAAUAUUAAAAUGGUGCAGCCACUUUGGAAAACAGUCUGGUAGUUCCUUAAAAGGUUAAAUAUAGAGUCAUCAUGUGACCCAGUAUUCCACUCCUAGGUACAUACCCAAGAGAAAUGAAAACAGAAGUCCACAAAAAAAACAUGAGUGCUCAUAGGAGCAUUAUUCGUAAUAACCAAAAAGUGGAAACAACCCAAGUGUCCAUCAACUGACAAAUGGAUAAAUAAAAUAUGGUUUAUCUAUACAGUAGACUAUUUAUUCUUUGGCAAUAAAAAGAACGAACUACCGACACAUGGUGCAACAUGGAUGGACCUUGAAAACAUUAUGCUACGUGAAAGAAACCAGCCACAAAAGAUCACAUAUUGGAUAAUUCCAUUUAUAUAAAAUGUUCAGAAUAGUCAAAUCUAUAGAAACAGAAAGUAGUAUUUGCCUAGAGCUAGGCAUGGGAAUGCGAAUGACUGCUAAUGGGCAUGAAGCUGCUUUUUUCAAGUGAUGGAAAUGUCAUAAAAUUAGAUUGUGGUGAUGGUUACACAGUUCCUGUAAAAAUAUAAAAAUCAUUUUAAUUGUACACUUAAAAUGGGUGAUUUUCUGACAUGUAAAUUGUAUCUCAAUAAAGUUGUUUAAAAAGAUUAACACACAAAUUGGUGUUAAACUGCAGUGUCAAGUUGUGUUUGGCUGGCUGUCUGCCUCUUUCUCUUUUUUGUCCCUCCUCCUAUCCCACUCCAGCUGAGGGACAAGAUGCCAUUCUGUUUAGUCAAGUCUUUAAAAUUAUAUAUUUCUCUGUGAAGCUUUAUAUUUUUCUUAAUUCAAUCAGUUGCCUAGGAGAUAGUGAGUCUGAGGGAUCAAGAAGACACCGUUUUCCUGGGGAUGACCUAAAUAUUAGAUAAUUGAUUUGAGAAGGGUGGAAAACUGGCUGUGGCAUUCUAUUGUUCAUUUCUUGAGAAAAAAUGAGAUUCCCUGUAAAUCAAAAACCAAACCUCUUAUAUUCUAAAUUAUGUGUUUCAUAGAGAGAGUCUUUGCUAGAAAGGAAAACCCAUUUAUGUUUCCAAUUUUUCUUGCCAUUGUCAGUAACUCUGCGAUGGCUAUUUUUGUUCAUAAAUCUUAUCUGUAGCUCUGAUGAUUUCUUUAGGAAUGAUUCUUAGAUGUGGAAUUACCGGACAAAAGCAUGUAUAUAUUUUAUGGGACUUUGAUUCAUAUUAUCAAAUUGAUUUCCUGAAGGCUUGCACCAAAUUGCAGUACCACCAGAACUGGUGAGAGUGCAUCUUAGUUUUUUAAGCUUGAAGUUCUUUGAUGAAUAGAGUGCUUGAUCGUUUUUGCUUCUGCCAUUUGUUCAUAUUCUUUGCUCUUUAUACUGAGAUUGUUCUGUUUUUUCUUACUGAUGAGUGUGAGUGUUAUUCCUUUGUCAUUUGUGGCAAAUUUUGCUUCCUGGUUUGUUCACUUUUCAUUUUAUUGUGAUAGAUUUUGAUGUACAAGAGUAGUACAUUUUUAUGUAGAGUAGUAUAUUGAUGUUUUUUCCUUUUGUGAUUUCUGCUAAUAAAUUCUCAUCUAAUUUUUCUUUUCUUUUAUAUUGGCUUUAUUUAUUGCUUUAAUUUUUAAAUCUAUAUGGAAUUUUGAUGUAUGAGCUUAGUAUCCAAAUUGAUUUCUAUUUUGAAAUAGCCACUUUUCCAGGACAAUUUAUUGAAUAAUCCAGCCCCUCUCCAUUAAUUUCUGAUACCUCGUUUGUCAUAUAAUCUUAUUAUACAUAUUAGGGUCUUUUUUCUGGACUUCCAGUUCUCUACCAUUAAUUUCUCUCACCAUUCUUGUAUCAAUAUUGUUAACUAACUUGGCUUUAUAGGACUUCUAAUAUAUAAUAUGGCAAGCUUUUGUCCUUCCUGUUAUCAUUCUUAAUUUUCAAAAAAAUUAGCUAUUUUUCACAUUUAUUUUAGAAUCGUGUUAUUAAAUUUAAAAAGUCCCAUUGGGAUUUAGAUUUCAAUUGCGUUAAAAUUAUAAGUCAAUGUCGAAAGAAUUGAAACUUUUCCACCAUUUUUUGUUUAAAAGUUUUUUUAUUGUCAUACAAACCAUCUUCAUAUACAAGCACAUAAGUGAUAAACUUUUCUGUCUCCAGUCCUUCUCACCAAACAUCACAGUAGACCAAUUCUUGCUAAUGUAUCACCAAAGUAAACAUAAUAUCCACUUCUGAAUUCUUAACAGCUAAUUGUAGUCAUCUGAUAACAUGGUAUGUCACUCUAUUUAGACAAGUCUUGGUUAUAGUUUUAGUUGUGCAGUCUUGCUUCUUAUAAAUGUAAUUCCAAGAUAGAUUGUGGUUAUUGUUGGUUUUUAUAAAUAGGAUCUUCCCCCCUCAUUUUUUUUCUUAUUGAUGAUACAUAGAAGAAUUUAACUUUGAAUAUUUUCUUUAUAACAGCCUUUUGUAGAACACUCUUGUUAACUCAAAAAAUUUCCUCUUUUCUAUUAAGAGAAUUGUUAGUAUUGAUCAGUCACUAGCUUUCAAAGAAUUGAUGAGUGGGUGGGUGGUAAUUACGAAAUACUACAUUUGAGCAAAUGACAUUUUAUAAACAAAAAUUUAACUCAGAUAGAGCUUUAGAGUUUAUGGAGAGAAAGAGACUGAAAGAUUCAUUCACUCCUUAGAACAAUCCUGCAAAGGGUGGUAGAGGAAGCAUCAUUGUCAGUCCAUUUUAAAAAUAGGAAACUGAGGUGGGAAGAAGUGAAAUGACCUCCCCAAGGCAUCAAUAAAAGGCAGAGAUGGAAGGUCUUUUGCUGCUGCCUUCAUCACAAAACAAUAAAUGCAAUAAUAUGAGUAAUGGCAUCAGAAAACCUGAGUGAAUGGCUGAUCACAAAUGAUUAUUUUUGGACACUUGUGGCUGCAUUUCAUUAUGUUAAUGUACUUAUAUUCUUCUUUGGGCUAUUUUGAGGUGUAUUUACGUUUUGAUUUUCUUUACUAGAUUGUAAGCUCCUUGAAGGAGGAAGCCACAUCUUACUCAUCUUGGAACCAACUUUAAUUGUUGAAUUGUAUGUACGUGCAUUCACACACCCGAAUCCUUCUGAAGGAGCUCUGGUGGCGCAGUGGUUAAGCACUCGGCUGCUAAUUGAAGGGUGAACGACGGAGGCGCCGAUGCCAGGUGGCGUUCAGCUACCUGCCUCAGAACGACGACGAGCUUGAGCUGAAAGUCGGUGACAUCAUAGAGGUGGUAGGAGAGGUAGAAGAAGGAUGGUGGGAAGGUGUUCUCAAUGGAAAGACUGGAAUGUUCCCUUCCAACUUCAUCAAGGAGUUGUCGGGAGAGUCAGAAGACCUCAGCAUUUCCCAGGAUGAGCAGCUCUCCAAGUCAAGUUUACGGGAAACCACAGGCUCCGAGAGCGACGGCGGUGACUCAAGCAGUACCAAAUCCGAAGGCGCCAAUGGAACCAUUGUAACUGCAGCGAUCCAGCCGAAGAAAGUCAAGGGAGUGGGCUUUGGAGAUAUUUUCAAAGACAAGCCAAUAAAACUAAGGCCAAGGUCAAUUGAAGUAGAAAAUGACUUUCUACCAGUGGAAAAGACUAUUGGGAAGAAGUUACCUCCAACUUCAGCAACUCAAGAGUCUUCAAAAACAGAAGUGGACAGCAGGACAAAGACCAAGGAUUACUGCAAAGUAAUAUUUCCGUAUGAGGCACAGAAUGACGAUGAAUUGACAAUCAAAGAAGGUGAUAUAGUCGCUCUCAUCAAUAAGGACUGCAUCGACCUAGGCUGGUGGGAAGGAGAACUCAACGGCAGACGAGGAGUGUUCCCCGAUAACUUUGUGAAGUUACUCCCACCGGACUUUGAAAAGGAAGGCAAUAGACCCAAGAAGCCACCUCCUCCAUCAGCUCCUGUCAUCAAACAAGGGGCAGGUACCACUGAGAGAAAACAUGAAAUUAAAAAGAUACCUCCUGAAAGACCAGAAACGCUUCCAAACAGAACAGAAGAGAAAGAGAGAGAGCCAAAACUGGAUUUACAGAAGCCCUCCGUUCCUGCCAUACCGCCAAAAAAGCCUCGGCCACCUAAGACCAAUUCUGUCAGCAGACCUAUCGCGAUGCCUCCAAGAAGGCCAGAACGACCAGUGGGUCCUCUGACCCACACCAGGGGUGACGGUCCAAAGAUUGACUUGGUGGGCAGUGCGAUUUCCAGCAUCCUGGACAAGGAUCUCUCGGACCGCAGCAAUGACAUUGACCUAGAAGGUUUUGACUCCGUGGUGUCGUCUACUGAGAAACUCAGUCACCCAACCACAAGCCGACCAAAAGCCACGGGGAGGCGCCCUCCAUCCCAGUCCCUCACGUCCUCAUCCCUCUCAAGCCCUGAUAUAUUUGACUCUCCAAGUCCAGAAGACGACAAAGAGGAACACGUUUCACUUGCGCACAGAGGAGCAGACGCAUCAAAGAAAACGUCAAAGACUGUUACCAUAUCCCAAGUGUCCGACAACAAAGCUUCCUUGCCGCCCAAGCCGGGGGCCAUGGCUGCAGGUGGUGGGCCAGCCCCACUGUCCGCGGCGGCACCCUCCCCCCUCUCAUCCUCUUUGGGAACAGCCGGACACAGAGCCAACUCCCCGUCUCUGUUUGGCACGGAAGGAAAACCAAAGGUGGAGCCUGCGGCUAGCAGCCAGGCGGCCGUGGAGGAGCUGAGGACACAGGUCCGUGAGCUGAGGAGCAUCAUCGAGACCAUGAAGGACCAGCAGAAACGAGAGAUUAAGCAGUUAUUGUCGGAGUUAGAUGAAGAGAAGAAAAUACGGCUUCGGUUGCAGAUGGAAGUUAAUGACAUCAAGAAAGCUCUUCAAUCAAAAUAAAUACUUGAUCAAUGAAACGUUGCAUUAUUCAUCCUGAGUCGGAGACUCAAAUUUUCCACCCCAGCCAAAAUAACCUCGUGCCAAAAGAUGAAAGGUUUGCCUCCACAUGUCCCUGUUUGAAAGAUUAGCACACAAGUCUUGAUAGCACAACACAAAUUCCAUCCAAGAGGAGAAUCUUUCCCAUGGCAUAGCCCUGGGUCUGGCACUUCGACAGAGCAAAUUGUGCUAAAGGCUUUUCUACCUUGAGAUCUCACACGAAAUGAAAACUCAGGCAGUUUAGUCCAUAGUGGUACUAUUUUGAUGAUAUUUUCCAUGAAUAAAAUGUAAUUUCCGAUUCUUCGUUUACAAGCUUUAUAAUUUUUGAUUUUUUAAUCGUGUUUUGUCACAGACCCCUCCAGUGUUUGUACUACACACGAGUCAGGAGUGAGUGUCCCCUUCUUUUGCUUCAGGCUGCAAGCUGCCUCGCUUUGUGUCCCCAGUUAGGAUUCUAUUACAUAUGCAAUUUUAGGUCCAACCCAUCCCUUCCCCCUUGCCAACAAAGCCCACCACCCUCAGAUAAAUUUUAGCUUCUCUAUGAUGGUAUAUUUACAAAAAGAGAAAGAGAAAAUCUGGUGUUUGCAAUGAUUUGUGCCUUCUUUUUAUCACCCUCUGGAUUGGAGCUUUUGUGAUGCAGCUACCAUGAUCCAAAAAAAAAGUUUAUUUAGCCACUUAAUAAAGUCCACUAGAGGCCACUGUCUUCAAAGCUUCCCUCACCAUCGCCAAAGGUCCGAAGAGGAGACAGCUGUGAAGUUGGGAGUGCUGGGUGGUACCGGCUGUGACUUUUUAAGUUCUCCUGGUUUUUGGUUGUUCAUGAAACUAGAAAUGUCACCCCUGCUUGAUUUUUCACCCGCCAAGUUAAACCCCUGCCUCCUGUCCUUUGCACCUUUUGCGUGAACAGAAUAUGCAUUAUUAAAGCAAAAAUAAAUAAAGUAAAAUGCAAAUGAACACCAGGGGGGAAAGUUGUGUUAUUUCCUGCACUGGGUUAUCUGUGUGUGUCAUCCUUCAAACUGUAGCCACAGAAUGUCCUUUGCCUUGCUUUUGUAACCCCUUCCUCAGGUCAGAGAGAGUGGGGGGAGGGUCGUGUUGACGUGUAGCCCUGGGCUCUUUUUUGCAUUUAUGGAAUUGCUUUCUCCUUCCCAAGGAACCCCGUGUUUGUCGGCUUUAUCUUUGUAGCAAAUGAACAGUUCAGCCUUAGACUGUGUAAUUGUUUGCUCAUCCUUAGCCAAAAGUAAGGGGCAUACUGUAUUGCAAGAUUGUUGGGAGCUGGGGGUAUCCCUUAAUGGCCCCCAAAGAUGUUUUCAUGUGUUUCUAAAAAGCUGCUUUGUCUAUUUCCAGAGUUUUAUAGUGAAACUACUAAACAUCAAUAAAUUUGCACAACUGCAAAGAAUAGGAAUUGGUUAACACAGAAGGAACGAUACAAAAAAGAAGUCACCCCAUGUUAUUGAUCAUUGAAGUAUUACAAAUCAAUGUCUCUUUUCUCUUCCUCCCUCCCUUUCCCCACCUUCCUCUUGCCUACUACAUCCACCUGCUACACAUCCACCUACUAUGCAUGCC